CUAUAAAUCGAAGAGCGAUAUGCAAACGUUUUCUGUCCUGUCGGGAGAGUAGAUCUAUUCCUUUCAGUUCACACAUAUUUUUCUAUCUGGCUUCAGCAGACAGAGAUAAUGUGACAUACAAACGACUUUAAAUAUUGUAGAGUACACGGCGGAUUGUGGCCAGACCAAGACUCGAACCCUGGUCAAGCGAUAGUCAAGCCAAUACUUCAACCGUUAUGCUAAGAGGUCCAAACCUCUUGCUGAGGUCGCUAGGUGUUGGCAAUGAGGACCCUGCGGACCAGAAACACCUCAGGAAUAGUAUCCACUAAGCCAGAAUCUCCAGUGGAACACAGUGGAAAGACAUCAUCAGCUGGAAGAAAGUUUAAACAUUUUACACUGCCCCCUAUCCUUAGACGGAAUUCCAAGAGUAACAGCAACGUCUCCUUUCCAGAUGUACCCAACACAUCCAGUCUUAUAGCCGCCCCCCCGAAGGAGUUGUUGACUUUUGAGCAGAACCUUGAGAGAAAUCGCCUGUCUGCUGCUGGCCAACAGCUGAUAGACAGAGAGGAGCGUCUAUAUGGACGGAUCUCAGAAGUAGUUCAGCCGACCACAGAGAAGAAGGAGAAAGAGCAGCUCGCCAGAGAUCGCAAAGGCCUCCUCAGCCACAUAGACCUGGCUGUGAAGAGUUCUCUCAGUCCGGACGAAGACAGUCUGGAAGCUCUGAAGUCUGCAGUGAAGGCUAUCCUACAGGAGGAGGAGCAGGAUAGACGAUGGCUGAAGCAGGAGAGUAAACGGCCUUCCUGGAGGCCCAGUGAGUGUAGACGUCACCACGACACUGUCAUCCAGAGCCUGGUGGAGGAGUGUAUGGUCAAUGCCGAAUUGCCCCCUGAAGAGAGCAACAAGCUACGCUCCUCCCUGCAGAGGGACAUCUGUGGGAAGGGCAGACGCCUGCAGGAGGACCUGCUGAGGGUGGUGAAGGUUGUGAAGGGCUGUUACCCAAAGGACAUGGAUAUCUGCAACCUCUAUGGAAAAAUGUACCACCAAGCCUUCAGUGCAGGGAUGAGAAAGGUUGCAGAGUAUGGGCUGGGCAUGGUUGACUGUUCUUACCUCCUGCAUUGGGUGAAUGUUGCCUACCCAGAGAUUCUACAUAAUCUGGAACUGAUCAAGGCGAUUAACUCUGAGGCGUUGGGAAAGCUGUUGACUGAAGAGUUAACAACACAACUGGAGAAUCAAUAUCUUACUCACCAAGAGAAAGAGGUGCAGACAUUGAUCAACAAAGUGCUGAAUGUAGAGGAGCAAGCCUGGAGGGAGGGAUCUGUGCCAGAGCUCAGAGACAACUGUUACUUUAGCCCCUUGGCCAUCGAUGUCAUUCAGUUUGUUAAUGCUGCAUUCGAAUCAGUAGAGACAGUUUUGGGAGACACGUCCAAAGUCCAGAUGAUUGCGUGCCUGUUGAAGGACUUCUUGAAUAGCUACAAGAAAUUCCAGGAGAAAGUUCUCAAGGGAUGCAACAAUAGAAACAGCAGAACUGUGAUAAUGGCCAAUCUUUCCUGUGUUGAACAAUUUAGUAUAUCUUUCUCGUCGGUCUCGUUAAAGGAAAAAGCUUCUUCCAGUUCGUGGGACUAUAUUGUGAAGAAAGCAGAUCUCUUCCCAGUGGAUAUAAAGGAAUGCUGUUUGUCCAUAGUAGCUGAUAUGAAAAAUUGUGGCUACAGAUCUUUAACAAGCCCCAUACACAAGGACCUCAAGUCUCAGUACAGCAGUCUGGGAACGCCCAUAUGGUUGGAGAAGAAACAGGUGUUUGAGAAGCUGUUGGAAGGAAUUAACAAACACACCCAGGAUGUUAGGGGCUUGACUGACUCCUGCCAUCAGGAGCUGCUGGGCCAGCUGCACUUGGAGGUGACAACAGAGUACGUGAGAAGGCUACUGAAGAGGAAGAUCAAGCUGAGAGACAAAGCGAUGCAGGAGCAGGCGGCCAGGUCGGUGUGUGAGGAUGGCCAGAGACUAAACAAACUGUUCACUGAAGCGGGUUCCAGGGAGGAGUGGCUGAGUGACAUUCUGGCCAGGAUUGCUGAAGUGCUGAAACUCCAAGACAUUUCUUCCAUACAGCUGGAAAUAGUAACUCUGAGUCAAGCUUACCCUGAUCUCAGUGACGUCCAGGUGACCGCCCUGCUUAGCCUCAAGUCCAACCUUUCUGCCUCAGCUGUGAAGAGGAUAAAGAAGACCCUCCUGGACAUCCAGGACACCACCAGCUCCCAGGAUGGCCCAUCCUUUUUCUCCAAGGUAUAGGGUUUCACUAGCGUUUUGGUCUUAAUUUAAUGUUAGGGUUAGGCAUGAGGUUAGCAGUGUGGUUAGGGUUAAGGCUAGAGUUUUAAAAUCAUAUUUUAACUAGAGAAAUUGUAGAAAUGGGUGUGAUUUAUGACUUUGUGGCAACUAGUGACGACAGGUCAAAUGAUUGUUGAACACUCUUGAGUCAAGUCUGUAGUGUUAACCAUGCAAUGAUAAGCUGUACUGUAUAAGAUUGUUGCAAAAUAGCUUGUCUUUUGUGUAUGGGAAUUCUUAAAGGGACUUAUUUCACAUUGCUGUACCUUAUGAGCUUUUGAGGGUGCUGUGAAAAGUAGACAUUUGUUAUAUUGUAUAAAAGGGUUCUUUUAGGUUAGUGCAGUUUUUUCCUCAAUGAGAAUACUGUGUUCUUAAUGCUUCUUAUAGAUUUGUAUGUUGUAUUUUGCAUGUUGAAUUAUUUACGUAAUAAAAAGGACUAUGCAUUACGUCUGUAAGGCACCUCAA